UGGAGGGAGAGUCCUACAGAGACCGCACCAACACAGCAGCUCUGCGCUUCAACAGCACGCAGCACCCUCAGCGCUGCGCACUGCUGCUUUCUGCCGCACUCUGCGCACUUUGAGUCGGCUAGGACUGAGCGGGCAGAUGAGAGGGGACGGCCCCUGGAUGUAGCUACCUGAUGCUGGAUUUAACUUGGAAAAUGUUUCAUGAAAAAGUUCACACCUCAUUGGGAAUAAUAUGCUCAUAACACAGCUAGAAACGUCUUCCAACAAGUCACUUCUUGCUCCAGAGUGAGAUGCGCGUUUUUCACUUUAAGCUUUUCAGAAAAACUAAAUUGAUGUGAUGUGGGGAGCUGAUUACGCAGCUUCUUGGAUGGAUCAGCUCUGCAGCUGAAGGAGAAAGAGGAAAAACUAUUUCAUUACAUGUGUUUUUAAAGACGACGUGGAAAAUCAGCAGAGAGGACAUGGACUUGGUUGGGUUUGGAACCCGUGUGUCUGCUCCCCCUGCAGCUGGGAUGCACCGUGCGUCAGAGCCUCAACAUUUCACAUCAUGAUACUUCAUCAAAACUGCACCUGACACAUUGUCCCGGUCCAUUUUAAUCUACCAGGAUCCACUAUGUCCCCAGUAAAGACCAGGAGGCUGACUCUGAACCGGGUCCUGACCUUUGUUUUGUUGCUGGCCCCCCCUGGCUCCCUCGCCUCCCCGCAGAGCGCCUCUUGGAGUUCUGUGUGGGGUCCUUCCAGCGACACCUCAUCAGGGCGUUCAGGACAUGCACGACGACAGCUGCACUUCAGAAACGAGUGGGCGUCAUGGAGCGGCUGGUCUGUUUGCUCACGCAGCUGCGGGGGCGGAGCCUCUGUGCGGACUCGCACCUGCAUCACCAGAAACCCAGUUGGCGGACCAUGUGCUGGAGAUCCCAGACAGUACAAGAUCUGCAACACCAAGGAGUGUCCCCCUGGCUCAGGGGAUUUCAGAGAGAUGCAGUGUGCUGCCUUCAACAACAGGCCAUUGGUGUCAGGAAACUCCUUCAGAUGGACCACAUUUCUUGGAGGUUCCAGCCCCUGUGAACUCAGCUGCCUGGCCCUGGGACACAACUUCUACUACAACUUCGGUCACGUGCUGGACGGUACGACCUGUGACGAGGAGUCUGGAGCAGUGUGUGUCAACGGACGCUGUCUGAAGCCUGGCUGUGACUCCAUCUUGGGUUCAAAGCAGCAGGAAGAUGCCUGCAUGGUGUGUGGAGGACACAACACCACCUGCCUGCACCACAAGAGUGUGUACCAGAGCAGUGGGCUGGAGGCAGGGGGGCCUUUCGGAUACAAUGAAGUGACAAUGAUACCAGCAGGAGCCACUCAUAUCCUGGUCACCGAUAACAGCAAGAACUAUCUUGCCCUGCAGAAUGGUCAAGCCCAGUUUGUGAUCAAUGGAAACUGGAAGAUCAGCGAUCCCGGAGAGUACAACGUAGCUGGCACCAAGCUGCUUUACCGGCGCUCUGCAGACACCUGGGAGAGCUUUGAGGUGUCAGGACCAACCCAAGAAAACCUUCAUCUAAUGGUUCUGGCAACAGACACAAACUCAGGAAUUGAGUACGAGUACUGGCUUCCACCUGACCAGUAUGCCCUCUACCAUGGGAGGAGAAGCCCUUUACGACAGGCUCACCAUACAGCCAGCUACUUCCCCAGAAUCCAACCCACCACUUCAACCACAACCUCUGCCACUACCACCAGGGCACCUCCAAACACUACCCAGAGACCCCACUGGUUUUUCAGUUAUUUAAAGCCUUUCCGUCAGCCUCUUCUCAGCAACCACCAGCACCUUCCUCGCCAGCCCUUCACUCGUCUGGAGCGGGAGGAAAACCACAGAAACUUCCUUCCUCAGGUCCCACCUGGAAAGCAUUGUGGAAAAUGUCGGAGAGUUAAAGGACGAAGAGAACGCCAGAGACAGUAUUGCCAGAAGGACUUUGUGUUUCGUGGCAGAGUUCUUGGGAAGCUGUACAGAGGUGAGGAGACUCGUUACGACGUUCAGAUCAUCCACACGUACCGGAACCGCUUCCGGCUAGAGCACCGGGAGUUCCUCUGGGUCCCGAACCUGUGCGACUGCCCCGACCUGCUGGUGGGGAAACAGUACAUUCUGAUGGUGCGGCGCCACAUUAACUACGAACACACGCUGAACCGGAUCCUGCUGGAGGAGGAGAGCUACGUGGUGCCGUACAGACCCAGAGAGGACGAGCUGCUGCGGCCGCUCGAGAGGCUCUGCAGCAACAGAGGGCCAAAACUUUCUACAGAAAUAGGGGACAGAGUUUAGUUUGUGAGUGGAGACUCAGACUUAUACCUGAUAUUAAUUCUUUCAUAUAAUGAAUGGCCUGAUGAGCUAAGUGUGGCGUCACUGACAGAGGAAACUACAUAAUCCUUUUAGGUUUCACCUUAAUUUAAAAUUUGCCACAUUAUGAAUGCAAAGAACCAACUUAACGGUUAUGAAAAUCUCGGCCAGCUUUCUAUUUAAAGCACUUUAGGUGGGUGCAACGCCCACCUUAAACAAAUACCAAAGAGAAGGACAGUGACUGAAAACAGCCUUUUUCUCAUUACUGUUUUUCCACAGCAACCUCUUAGUUUCCAUUCUGUGCAGGAUUUGUCUCUGUGUCCACUUUUAGAAACAGCUGCAAUGAAUUUUACUGAAUUUUCUUCCAAAGACACAUUUCCGAUGUUUUCUUUUAGCUGCAGCAGGAAAUAUUUGUAGAACUCACAGCAGUGAAUUAGCAGUUAAUAAUGAUUAGUCUGAGUUUUUAAAUGUGGCUUUAUGUAGCAGUGAAGUGUCAAAUAUGGGACAAUUCAGCAUUUUAAUCGAUGCAUGCAACUCUACGUCUAAUGCAGAACAGCAGUUUUAUGGUUUAUGAAACAGUCUGCAUAAAGCACUGUAAUAUUCAUGAGGCUGGAGAUAUUUUAACAUGGCAGAAAUGCACUUUGGUCUUUGCCCCACUCUGAUAGCUGUUAAUUUGGAAACUAAUCUCAGUUUCAAAAAGGCUGAAAGAGAUACAGAUAAGUUCCACUGGUCCUUUUGGGCUUCUAAUGAUAUGUUUAUGGAAUAAUUACAAACAAUGUAGCUGCAGUGACUUUAAAAAGAAAAAAUGUGGGCACAAAGUUGAAGUCAUUAUGGAUUUUCUGUACAGGUUCAAAACUAUACAUACAGGCUCAGCUAUCUGUUUUAAUUGUUGGUGCAAAAGUGUAUAAAAUGCUGUUUAUUUUGUUGAGGCAAAUACAUAUUAACUUGAGGUUAAUUAUCAUGAUUGAGUUCAAUGUGUUUAGGUGUAAGUUAUUCAGGUGCAUCACUUUUCAAAUCCAUGAAAAGAAUGAGGGGCCAGGCCCGAUGGUUCGGUUCGGGUUGUGCUUAGAAAACAAUCCAUGCCUUUCGUGUGGCUCACUCGGGUAUCUGCCUGGUUAAAACUCCCGCAGACUGCAGUAGCGACAGGUAGAGACAGACACAUCCUUGCUUUAUCUCAGGCUGUCUGACCGACAGCAGGUCAGAUUAUUUCCUCACUCCAGGGAUUUUGAUUCAUUUUUCAGGACCACCUAAAUCAAACAAUAUAUUUCAAAUCAUUUGUUGUAUGAGUUUACUGUCCCAGUAUGCCCCUGGAAUGUACUGACUUAAAAAAAAAACCAAAAUGGAAUGAAAUUUACAGCUGCCUAAAUGGAUAAGCCUAAUGCCUUUUGGAGAAAUGUUUUACAAACAGACAGAUUGGCCUACCUGGCUACAAUAACAAAAAGUAUGUUUUGAGGAGAACACUGUACCAACUAUCAAGCAUGGUGGUGGUAGAAUCAUGCUGUGGAGGUGUUUGCUGCUGGAUGCAAACAUGAAGAUGGAGGAGGAACUCCAAAUUCUUCAACCUUACCUGAAAUCAACAGCUACUUGGUUCAAACCUUGGCACGCUUGGGUGUUUCAACAGGACAUCGAGCCCAAUACACGUCCGAACUGGUUAAAUUCAGACUUCUCAAAGGAAUUUCCUAAAACCCUGACCUAUCUUCUAUUAAGAUAUAGUGGAAUAUCCUAAAACAUUUAGUCUGCGCCAGGUAAUCAACCAGUUUAAAUGGAUCUAUCAUUUUGUCAAGAAGGCAAAAUCCAGCUAGAAUGAUGGCAGUUGGCUAAAAAAGUGUGUGAUUAAGAUCCAACUAUUCAGCGGUCAUUUGACCAAAUAUGAGUAGGGCUGUAUGUAUAAUUCUGAUCCCAUGUGGGUUAGAGAAAAUCCACAAUGAAGUGCAUUCAUCUCUUGUUUUUAAAAAAAAUCACUGAAGUUGUUUCUAAUGUAGUUAUUCCAACAUGGAGAAAGAAUAGUUCAAAUAAAUCAUUAGUAGCCCAAAACCCCAAAAAUAUUACAUUCAUCAACAUCCAUGAUGUCUCGGUUUGAACUUCCGACUAUAGCUUCAGCAAGUAGGAUAUUGACUGGUAAUAACCUCCCAACAUUACUGCAAUUCAAACACUCCGAGCUGUCUCUUUAAGGACAACAAUAACCACUUUUCCAUUGCAGGGACUUUCAGCCAUUACCUGGGACUCUUAAAGCCCUCCACCCAGUUAGGUACAAUUUUACUCAAGUAAUUUCAAUUUCCCAAGUCCAUACUUUCCUGGAUAAAAAGUCCCGGUCUGGGAAGGUUUAUGUGCUGAGCAACGAUGAUUGGUGGACCCUUGCUACUUUUUGUGAUCUUGAAUGGACCAAAGGAAGAGGAAGUACGGAUACGGGAUAUGUUAAAAAAGUUCCUAGGCCUUUCAUAACAGUGGAAAAGCAUACAAAUUACCCAGGAUUCCUUUUACCCAGGUAAAAAAAAAAAUCCCAGGUAUUAAAAUCAUGGGACCUUUGGUGAAAAAAGGGCAAAAAAAAGCUAAAUGACCUGGAAGGGUCACAAGCCCCGAGUGUCAUGUUUGAGUUUUAGGAGACUCAAAUGCAGAGCAAACCAUAGAUACGUUUGAAUGGUUUUAAUGAAAAACGAUGAAAAAAAAUUGAGUCUUGCACUAAGAUGCACGAGAAGAAAUCCUAAAACUCUGGGAACACGGAGCAACAGAGGUACGAAGACAACAGGAGGAUCCAGGGGAGAGUAAAGUGAACCAAAGAGUAAAUAUACACUGAGGCAGGGGUAGAGAGAUGACAGGAAAACCAGAAGAGCCAAUCAGAGGGAAUGAAAACAGCUGAGGCAGAGCAAUCAGGGGAGAUGUGGACCAGCUGAGACAGAAGAAAGGAGCAGAGCAGAGAAGGAGAGGAAAAACAAAUAAGCAUGAAUGGAGCUUAACAAGAAACCAUGAGAAACAAUUUCAAACUGAGAUCAAACUGGAAACUAAAAGAGGUUUUACAAGAGAAACACAAAGUAAUGAACUAAAGGAACACAACUAACAAUGAGCACAAGGAAAGCACUGAUAUGGAAACAAUUAAAUAGAAUAUGGCAAAACCUUUAGAACAUAACCAAGCAAAAAAUGCUGAAGAACAUGAUCACAAAUGAAAACCAAAUCCUAACACCUCUGGAUCGUGACACAGACGUUCUUAAGUCACAUGACUUAAAUGCUAGGAAAAUAGCUUCAGGGCUUCCUGGUUAACUUCUUUAUGAAAGCAACAACAUAACCUUUGCAUCGCUGCAACCAGUUUUACAUGAACAACAAAGGCAUCGCUUGAGCACCAAAACUGCAAACAUACAACCACAUUAUUGUAAAACUGUUAGGUUUGCUCCUGUGGAACCUGUUGUCUGCCUGUAGUUCUGGUACAUUUCUGUUCAAAUGAAAAAGAAAUGUUGUGGAAAAUGUGUAUUAUUGAAGAGAUUUACCACAAAAGGAAAUAUAGGUUUAUUAUUUUCUUUUUAUCUAAGAAUAAAGUAUAAUGGUUCACAGUGUAUUUUGUAUAAAGUACGCAUAACACAUGUAUCUUCCUUCAUAAUGUAUUUUGCUUAUUUGUGGUACUUGAUGCUAAAUGUUUAUCAGUGAAAUUUUUUGUGGCACAUUUUAUGUUUUACAUUAGAGAAAUAUUUAAUUAUACAGUAUUUUUAUUGUGCAGCACUGAUCAGCUGCAGAUCAGUACAGCUUAAACACAAUUAUACUGUAUGUGAUGUGCCUUGUUUCACUGAUCUGUAACCUCUGUUUGCCCCUUAAACCUCAUAAAAUUAUGCUAAAAUUGUUUCUUUGUUUCUGAACAUGUGACAUGCAAGAACAGGAGAACCAGGAAAUGCUGAACCCAUGGUUGCUAUGCUGAUUGGCGCCUCAACCGAGGGGGAAGGGGUACCAGUCAACAUACUGACAACAAUUUAGGUCUCAAACAAGCAGUUGCUGUGUGAAAACUGUGGAUCAUAUUAAAAAUCCUGCUAAACUGUU